UCCGGCGCCAAAGCCAAUAGUUUGUCAGUCGUUUAACAAACGUAGAGAAUAUAACGUCGGUGCUAACAGAUUCCGAUUUUUGAGCUUUAGAGAGGAAGAGCAAUCAAAAAGCUUCCAACUGCUUACGAAAGAAGAGAAUAUUCGGAACUCUCUGCUCAGUGAUUAUCUAUAAAAAGAACUUAAAAUGUCAACAACAAAGCCGUUUAAAGUGCUGAUAGCACAUACCGAUGUUCCGCCAGAGGGAAUUGAAAUCCUUAAGGAGCAAUGCGAGAUCCUGCAAGUGAUGAAUGAACCUCCAAAAAAUCGACCUGAAAUUCUAGAAAAGAUCAGGGGGGCUCAUGCUGUUAUUUGGGGUGGUCGGGACAUACUCAGUGCCGAGAUUCUGGACGCCGCUGGUCCGCAGUUAAAGGCGGUAUCCACCAUGUCCUCGGGGAUAAAUAAUGUGGAUGUGCCGGAGCUAAAGAAAAGGGGUAUCCCCUUGGGAAGUACUCCUGCGAUGCUGACUGUUGCCGUAGCCGAUCUUACGGUGGGCCUAUUGAUCGCCGCUGCCCGGAGGUUCCAAGAGGGUCGAAGGAAGAUAGACAGUGAUAAAUGGGAUAAGGACCAUCUCAACUGGAUGCUGGGUCAGGACAUUCGCGACUCCACCGUGGGCUUCUAUGGCUUUGGAGGCAUUGGUCAGGCGGUGGCUAAGCGUUUAAUGGGAUUUGAGAUUGAGCGCGUGUUGUAUACCACCCGGAAUCGUGUUAGCCAGGAUAUCGAGGAGCAGUUCAAUGCCAAGAAGGUGGACUUCGAAACGCUCCUGGCGGAAAGUGAUUUCCUCAUCAUUGCAUCCCCAUUGACCAAGGAUACAUUGGGAUUGUUUAAUGCCACCGUCUUUAAUAAAAUGAAAGAAACGGCAGUACUGGUCAAUGUUGGCAGGGGCAAAAUUGUCAACCAAGAUGAUCUUUACGAGGCGCUUAAAUCAAACCGAAUUUUCGCUGCCGGACUAGAUGUAAUGGAUCCCGAGCCCCUUCCUUCCAACGAUAAACUACUUACUCUAGACAAUGUUGUGGUUACUCCUCAUGUGGGCUAUGCCACCCGGAGAACCCGUGUUGAUGCAGCCAAUUUGGCUUCGCGUAAUGUGCUCAGAGGAUUGGCCGGAGAGCCGAUGUUGUCACCCGCCUACUGAAAUCCGCGAUUGAAAUAUUUUUUUAAGUGUGUGAUUUAAUAACAAAACUAAGUUAUUCACUUGUACUGUCAGCCUCUUCUUUAGCCACCAGGGGCAGAUACAGUGGAUCCCACUCGUCCCGCUGCAGGGCCUUUAGAUACCUCCUCCUCUCCUGGAGGACUCGCGGCACUAACUCCGGCUGUUCCGCCUUGUGUUUCUGUGAUAUUUCCAGGGCCCGCCGCCAGUUGUGCAUCCGCAAGGCUAGUCCCACUGCCUGUUCGAUUUUCUUGCCGUGCAGCAGGAUCGUCUCCGCCUCAAGCAUCCUGCCCAGCAUUAGCGAGUUCUCGGCCAUCUGCUCGGCACUCGAGGGCGUCAGGGCCUUCAGGUGCUGCAGGUAGCUCACCUUGUCGAUCUGCAGUGCUGCCGAGUAGGCCUCCUCGCUGAUCUGCAACUGGUGCUUUCUGGUGGCCACCGCCGCCAGAGUGGCCCACAAGCUGGAGUGCUGCCCCAUGCGGCAGAUCUUCAACGCUUGUUGCCACUGCCCUUCGAGAAGCGCACGAUGCAGGAUCUCGCAGUACAUGUUAACAUUGACGGGGAGUAGGGCGCCGGCGGAACGGAAUGUAAGCACGGAUUCCUCAAAGCUUUCGAUGGU